UGUGAAUAGCAUUUGUGGAGCGCUUGCUUCAUGUAGCUGCUUCACCUCUUUGCUUGGGUCAAAGGGGAGGUAAACAUAUAGAUUUAGCCACAUUUGAUGACUAAGAAAAGGACGUACUGUAGUUUAGGUUCGUAUUCUUGCUUUUAUAAGUGGCAGAUAUUUCGUUGCGUGGAUUAGCAGUUAGCCAAAGCUGUGUAUUAUUAUUCUUCUUCUCAGCAGAGGAGCUGAGUUAACAGCUACAUCGCCUGGACUGACUGCGCAGCGAAAAUUCAAGGAGUUGUCAGAGCCGUCCUGACCCUGUGUUGCCAUGGCGAUGCGGGAGCUGGUAGAGGCGGAAUGUGGGGGAGCCAAUCCCCUCAUGAAAUUGACCAGUCACAUGACUCAAGAAGGCGGGGCUUGGAGACAUAGGUCAACGCCCACUAUCCCCCCAACGCCAAUUGAAAUAGCCACCGAGGAAGAGCUGGUGAAUGAGUUUCUACAGGCGCCCCCACGCCCUCCUCACAGUUUCGACAUGGGGCAGCUUUUGGAAGAAAUGCAGCAAAUUGACCAGCAGACCUACAGACAGGCCCCACAAAGAGCUCCAGACGUAGCCGCAUUGGCACUAUCGGGUGACUGGGCAGCAGAGUUCCUGUCUGGCGCUGACUCUGCAGUUUCUCCAGCCCAGGCAGGUUUUGAUGCAGCAGACGCUGACUGGACCAGAGAAUUCAUUAACGAAGUGGCAGACCCUGGGCGAUGGGCCGAAGAGUAUCUGGAGCAGUCGGAGGAGAAGCUGUGGUUGGGAGAUCUGGGAGAGAAGGAGCAAGAGAGAGAAUGGACAAAAGAGUACCAACCAGGGGAGGAGCUGAAGCAAACAGCAAAUGAACUUCUAGCAAAGGUUGAUGACCCCAAGCUGCAAAACACAGAGUUCCUGCGGUUUGUUAGGCAGAUUGGCGAGGGCAGUGUGACUGUGGAGGACAGAGCAGGAAAGCAGCUCGCUGAUAAAGCACAGGCCAGGGAGGCACAGAACUGGGCAUCCAGCUUCACGAAGUUCCUGAAGGAAUCAGGGGGAGGGAUUGUACAAGUGGAAACUCGAGAGUGCAGAGAGAAGAAUGACCAAGCUAAAGCUAAACAGGCAGAACAGUGGGCUAAUCUCGUCAGUCAGGUGUCAGAAGAGUCUGCUGAGUCCUGGGUAGAUGAGUUCACCACGUCGGGCCCUGAUUUUCAGCAGGCUAAAGCUGCCGUAGAGAGUGAUAUCGAUUUCUGGGAGAAGCUGCAGGAGGAGUGGGAGGAGAUGGCUAAGAGAGACGCUGAGGCUCAUCCCUGGCUGUCUGACUUUGACCAGCUGCUUAGCAGCUCAUAUGACAAGGGCUAUCAGUUUGAGGAAGAGAAUCCGUACUUGUCCCAUGAGGACCCGCUGGCGGAGGGAGUAAAGAGGAUGGAAGCUGGGGACAUCCCAGGAGCCGUGCGCCUCUUUGAGAGUGCAGUGCAGAGAGAACCAGACAACCAGCUGGCCUGGCAGUAUCUGGGAACAUGCCAAGCAGAGAAUGAGCAAGAGUUUGCAGCCAUCAGUGCCCUCCGCAGGUGUAUUGAGCUGAAGAAAGACAAUUUGACAGCUCUCAUGGCUCUAGCGGUCAGCUUCACCAAUGAAUCACUGCACCGGCAGGCCUGUGAGACGCUUCGUGAUUGGCUGAGACACAAUCCAAAGUACCGGCAUAUUCUCGAGCAGAGGGACAGGGAAAAGGAGAGGGAAGGAGUACGGGAGAGAGAGAAGGAGAGAGAGAGAUUUGGAUCACUGCUGCCAGAGGCUCUGUUCAAUGAGGUGCAGUCGUUAUUUCUGAGUGCGGCGGCUGCUGAUCCCACGCGGGUCGACCCUCAGCUGCAGUGUGGUCUCGGAGUUCUCUUCAACUUGAGUGGAGAGUAUGACAAGGCUGUGGACUGUUUUACUGCUGCCUUGUCUGUUACUCCACAGGAUUAUUUGUUGUGGAAUAAGUUAGGAGCUACUCUAGCUAACGGAAAUCGCUCUGAGGAAGCUGUUGCUGCCUACAGAAGGGCGCUUGAGCUGCAGCCUGGGUUUGUGCGCAGCCGUUACAAUCUGGGCAUUAGCUGUGUUAAUCUGGGAGCUCACAGGGAAGCGGUGGAGCAUUUCCUGGAGGCGCUCUCACUUCAGAGGCAAGCUGCUGGUGACAUGGAAGGAGGUGCAGGUCGGGCACCAGGCUCCGCCACCACCGUAAUGUCAGACAACAUCUGGUCCACCCUGCGCAUGGCACUGAGCAUGAUGGGAGAGAGUUCGUUGUACGCCUCCGCCGACCGGCGAGAUCUGGACACACUGCUGGCGCACUUCUGCCAGAGGGACGGAGAGACAGACUGAAGGAGGGAGAGGGGAAAGGAGUGGAGGGAGGUAGCAUGCGAGUGUGGGGAGAGGUGUUUUGGAAGUACAGAAGAGUAGUUUAAGGAAGAUCUAGAGUCGUUAGAGAUGGAUGACAAGAACAAAGAGGAGGGAAAGAAUCAGACGAGUGUGAAACACUCAACACAUGCACUACAUGCUCUGAAUGGACAGAUAGACUAGUGAUAAUUGGUGGCUGUUCUUGAGAAAUGGGUGUAACAUUGAAAAUGCUACAUCGUUACAUUACGUUAUUCAGAGCUCCACAGAAAUGAAUUCAAGGUUCUUGUGCACAGAGUCCAUUGUGUUUCUUCUCAUGUUGUUAAUCAUUGAUAUGGUAUGUCUUGGCUACUACUUGAGGACAGUAUAUUUCACUAAAAAGAGGUUUGCCUCUAUUUCGAGUACUGAUCAUGUGUAUGACUUUGGGAGGAACAAAGACUAAAAAGACUGGUUUGUGUGGGAUCUUUUAGGAAGCACUAAUAACCAUGAUUUGUAAGUCACAGUGUUGAGAUGGUAGUUAUUCUCAGCAAGAAAAUAAUGAAAAAAAGGUUGAGAAACAUGAGGAUGCAUGCGUGCCCUUUCUCCUUCACUCCUUAUCUAAUUUGAUAAAUAAUCCUGCUGUAAAUUAAUUAGCUUAAUUGUAAAUGCUGCCAUCUUGUGUACCAUAAUUGUAUUAUUAUUAUGAUGCCAGUUUUGAAUAUAGCCAACCGACUGUACGAUUAUAUAUGUAGCCCAAGCAAUAAAACUUUGAAAUAA